CGCGUGUGCCGCUGCCCUCCAGCACUCAGGCUGGUGCUUUCCGCCAUCUCUCACACUUUCUCUAUUCUCAUAGAGGACGCGCUUGCCAGCGUCGUUCGAUACCUCUGGCUUCUACCACGGCAAUUGUAGCCAACCUUAGACACUCCGUACGCCCGUAUCUUUGUUAGAAUGUCGUCCACGAACAUCAAGGUCGUCUGUCGGUUUCGACCGCCGAAUGCUCUUGAGCUCCGGGAGGGCGGAGACAUUGUUGUGUCCUUCAGUGACAACCUGCAGACCGUGCAGUUGCGAUCGGCGCAGCUGAGCUCGGGUCCAGAGAAGGAUGGCUUCACGCUCGACAGAGUCUUUCCUCCCGGGACUCAGCAACAUGAAGUGUUCGACUAUGAUGUUCUGGAUGGUUACAACGGCACUGUGUUUGCAUAUGGUCAGACGGGUAGUGGAAAGACGUUCACAAUGAUGGGCGCGGACAUCGAUUCUCCCGAGUUGAAGGGUCUCAUUCCUCGAAUUACGGAGCAAAUCUUCCAAUCCAUUGUCGAGUCUGACUCUCACCUCGAGUAUGUCGUCAAGGUGUCAUAUAUGGAGAUCUAUCUUGAACGGAUUCGUGAUCUUCUUGCGCCCCAGAAUGACAACCUCCAAGUUCAUGAGGAGAAAUCGAAAGGAGUUUAUGUCAAGAAUCUUACCGAUUACUACGUUAGCAGUGCUCGUGAGGUGUACGAGGUUAUGCGGCAAGGUGGUGCUGCACGUGUUGUUUCAUCAACAAACAUGAACGCCGAGAGUUCCCGAUCACACUCUAUCUUCCUCGUCACCAUCCGUCAAAGGAACACAGAGACUGGUGCUCAGAAGACUGGAAACUUGUACCUGGUUGAUUUGGCUGGCUCGGAGAAGGUCGGAAAGACGGGUGCAUCUGGCCAAACCCUGGAGGAAGCCAAGAAGAUCAACAAGUCUCUCUCUGCUCUCGGGAUGGUCAUUAACGCUCUCACGGACUCAAAGGCGAAGCACGUUCCCUACCGUGACUCUAAACUUACUCGUAUUCUACAAGAAUCGCUCGGUGGUAACUCCCGGACGACUCUUAUUAUCAACUGCUCUCCUUCCGCAUACAACGAAGCAGAAACACUCUCCACCCUUCGUUUCGGUAUCCGGGCGAAAUCAAUCAAGAACACCGCGCGCGUCAAUGCCGAGCUGUCUCCUCUGGAGCUCAAGUCGCUUCUCUCCAAGGCCAAUGCAGCCAACGCUUCCUACCAGAAGUACAUCGCCGCUCUCGAGGCCGAGCUCGCCAUCUGGCGCGCUGGAGGUGCUGUGGCCCAGGCAGACUGGGCCUCGUCUGAAAAGGCGGAUGUUGCUACCGCUCCGCCCAAGAAGGCCCCCACGUCGCCGACGCCAUCGUCGACACGCAGCAUGACGCCGGUGAACCCUGCCAUUGAGGGUCUGCGCGAGCUGGAUAGCAGGCCACAGACGCCGACCGUGGUUGGCCUGGAUAAGGAUGAACGCGAGGAGUUCUUGAAGCGGGAGAACGAGCUGAGCGACCAACUCGCGGAGAGGGAGCAUAAUCUCAUCGCGGCUCAGAAGCUUGUCGGCGAGCUGAAGGAAGAGCUUUCGUUCCUCAAGGAGCAAGAGGCUUCUGUGUCGAAGGAGAACAAGACGAUGUCCGGGCAGCUCAACGAGCUUCGGUUGCAGGUCGAGCGCCUCGACUACGACAACAAGGAGAGCGUCAUCACGAUUGACAUUCUCAAGGAGCAAAAUCAGGACGCGAAAGCGGAACUGGACGAGCUCAAGAAGAACAUCCUGGACCUCAAGGCUUCGCAGAAGGAUGCUUCUGCGGAGGACAGAGAGAAGCGCAAGCAGGAGAAGAUGGCCCUGAUGAUGGCCAAGUUUGACACUCAAGGAACAUUCUCCGAGAAGGAUGAGCAGCUCCGUCAGAUUCUGGCGAAGCUCGACACUAUUGACUCCGAGACUGGUCUGUCCGCGGUGUCGUAUGAGGAUAUCGUUACUGUUAGGCGGCAGCUGGCGGACGGGCAGUCGCUCAUUCGCGAAACGGUUGACCGUCUCAGGCAAAGCCAGGAGGAGAAUGAAAUGAACUCGCGCAGGCGAGACGAGCUUGAGGCUCGCAUCGCUGCUCUCGAGGCGAAGAAGACAAUCAACGAGGAGGAGGUCAGCAACGUUGACCUCAAGAACAAGCUCGAGUCCCAGUAUGCCUCCAAGCGCGAUGCGCACCUCAGCGAAGUCCAGGACCUCAAGCAACAGCUCGAGAUCCGCACCAGUGAAAGUGUCAACGAGAGCUCAAGGUUUGCCUUAAUCCGCGCCUUCGCUGUUACGUCGGCAGGUAUCGAGGGUGGCAAGAACCUCGCUGAGAGCGCUCAGGACCUCGAACGCACCAGAAAGGCAAUCAGCGUCCAACUCGCUGAGUUUGAUGGAGUGAAGAAGUCCCUCAUGAGAGAUCUGCAGAACCGCUGCGAGAAGGUGGUCGAGCUAGAGAUCCAGCUCGACGAGAUCAAGGAACAGUACAAUAAUGUCAUCCGCAACAGCAACAGCAAAGCGCAACAGAAGAAGAUGGCCUUCUUGGAGAGGAACCUUGAGCAACUGACCGUUGUGCAGAAGCAGCUUGUCGACCAGAACUCAGCGCUCAAGAAGGAGGCGGGUAUCGCGGAGCGCAAGCUCCUCGCCCGGAACGAGCGGAUACAGAACCUUGAAGCGCUUCUGCAGGACGCGGACCGUAGACUGGCUGUUCAGAACCAGAAGUUCGAGGCACAAUUAGCGGCGGUGAAGGAGAGGCUGGACCAAGCCCGCGCCCAGAAGGCCGCGACGUCGUCUACCCUGAGCUUCGGUCGAAUUGCGAAGCCUCUGCGGGGCGGCGGAGGUUCCGCUGCGGCCAGUGCGGCCAUGACAAACACGAGCCCGUCGUUGGCCGGGAACAACGCCAGCCCGUUGGCGAGGCUACAGAACGAAGAGUCAGGGUGACCAAGCGGGCGUCGUGGUUCUUCAACUCUCGGUGAU